GGUUAGACGUCCCGUCAGAGCAGAAAAACCCCAAACCCUGCACUUAAGCGGAAGAACUUUAGACGUUAGGCUAAGGUUAAGGGCUAUAGACCACACAUGUGUUGUGAAGAGUUUAUCACUGACAGCAUAUGGGAGGAAAAGAGAACUACAAGCUGGUAAGUCAGCGUCAGAGUCAGUAGUCUGUUCACGUUGCAGAGAAAGGCUGGAAGUCCUUAUCGGACGGUCCAUGCUGGGAUUGAUAAAUGGAGAAUCAGUAACAGGGUUCAGGGGUCGGUGCGGAGGAACAAAGUUUACCGGAGAAGCUCCGUUGAGGUUCCGCGUACACAAUCUCUUCAAGACCCACCAUCAGGACUUUUUAUGGUCUGCUUAGGUGCAUUUUAAAAUGAAGCUCUACAUUUUUCUGCUGGGCUGCAUUUAGAGCCUAAACCCUGACCGCUUGUCAGUGCGAAACAACCGCCUGCACCUCCAAAAGACUACCCAGAGAGACAGCAGGAUGAACCCCUCCUCGCCAUGAUGGACAGCGCAGAAGCUCCUACCUGAACGCCAGCGAGCUUCAAACAACUUCCUCUUCUACUUCUUUUCUGCGAAUUGGCUAGAGAACCUUUCGACAUUUGAAGUUCUUGGCUUAAGAUGAAUGAAACCUGCGAUGAUUCGAGUUUGAAGGAUUACCAGCACAAAGUGUAUGCAGUGGUCUACAGCGUGAUCUUAGCGCCCGGUCUGAUCUUCAACAUCCUGGCACUCUGGGUGUUCAAGAUCUACAUCAAGGAGACCAAGAAGGCUGUUUUGUUCAUGAUGAACCUGGCUUUGUCUGACCUGCUGCAGGUUCUAUCCUUGCCUCUACGGAUCUACUACUACCUGAACAGGACCUGGCCUUUUGGACAUUUUCUCUGCAUGGCCUGUUUCUAUGUCAAGUACGUCAACAUGUACGCGUCCAUCUUCUUCCUGACGUGCAUCAGCGUUCGCCGCUGCCAGCUGAUCAAAUGCCCACUGAUUUAUAACUCAUCCAAGAAGAAGGGAGAUCUUCUCGUUUGUGGACUUGGCUGGUUGGUCAUCUCACUUUUCUGCCUGGCUUUCCCUUUGCUGAGGUACCCCAGCUCGGAUUCUGGCAGCAAUCAGUCCAUGAGUUGCUUUUCAGAGCUUCCCAUGAAGAACAUCAGUGCCCCGACAGUUGGGGUUCUACUAGUCCUGGCAGAAUUAGGGGGUUUUAUUAUCCCUUUGAUUGUGGUGCUGGUUUGUGCAUGUUACACUGCCGGGAGCCUCCGGGAGACGACAGCGGAAGCGAUUCGUGACAAAGGGGAAAAGAAAAGGGCCUUAAGAAUGGUGCUGAGCUGUACCAUUGUUUUCUUGGUGUGCUUUGCCCCUUAUCACGUGACCUUGCCCCUCGAUUUCCUGGCCAAAUCCAACAGCCUGGGCAACUGCUCUGUCAUGAACUUCAUUAAGCGUUGUCACACACUGACCCUCUGCCUGGCCAGCUUGAACUGUAGCCUGGAUCCACUCAUGUACUAUUUCACCACUUAUGAAUUCUGGAGACGACUAAGGACUACUAACGUUUCAGAGAGCAAUACUUUACACCGGCAAACGUCCUGCAUAAGUGGAGGAGAUUUUGAAAGUAUAAAUGUAGAUCUUCUGUUAUCCCCAAUGCAGACAGUGACUCCCUCACCCUGAGAAGAGGGAUACAAAUUUACCAAAGUAUGUGAAAAUCUGUAGAUUAGUUUGUGUUGUGACAUGUUAUUUUUGUCAUUAAAAACCUGUUUUUCUAUCUUUUUUUUGCACCAUUGUCCUAUUAAACGAGAAUUUAACAAACCAGUCAUGAUCACAGAGUACACAAAAAGUAGAACAUUUUUGUAUUCUCAUCUUAUCCGUUGGAUAGCUUGUUCGAAAUUCUGAUUAACUGUCAGACAAAUAAACCACUCAAUUGCCAA